GCUUGAAGACAAAACCGUCAAAAUGAGCUUGCCUUCGGGCUUCAAAUGGAGUGCAAUACUCUUGAUUGUCAUUCUCUCAUUUGCAGGAAUUUCGCAAGCCUCAAUAGGAGAUCGACUCCCUGACUUUCGCGAUUGCGUCCGAGUAUGCAUCGAAGAGAACUGUGACACAGGCAAGGCCAAGCUCCCCCUGCACCUUCGACUGCUCCUGUGGGAUUGUCCUUCAGAAUGCGACUACACAUGUCAACAUGUUAUCACCGAUCAACGCGUGGCUAGAGACCCGCCGAUGAUCGAACCUGUUGUCCAGUAUCAUGGGAAAUGGCCGUUUUAUCGAUUCCUGGGCAUGCAGGAGCCAUUUUCGGUGCUCUUUUCUUUGAUGAACUUUCUCGCUCAUCGAGAAGGCAUGCAGAGGCUUCGUGAGGCAAUUCCGGCACGUUAUUCUCUUCGACCAUAUUAUCUCUGCUUCGGCUACUUUGGACUGGCGAGUUGGAUCUUCAGCAUGCUCUUCCACACACGAGACUUCAACCUCACGGAAAAACUUGACUAUUUUGCUGCCGGUGCCAGUGUACUCUACGGCAUGUACUUUACUGUCAUUCGCGUGUUCAGACUCGAUCAUAGAACACCUACCAAGCAGAGCAUUCUGCGGUUCUGGACUCUCGUCUGCAUCUCACUCUACGUGACUCAUGUCACCUACCUGACGGCUUGGAGCUGGGACUACACAUACAACAUGGCGGCCAAUGUAGCCUGUGGUCUGGUCCAAAAUGUGCUCUGGAGUUGGUUUAGCAUUUCACGAUAUCGUAAACUGCAAAAGACAUGGGCGGCCUGGCCAGGGUUGAUCGUGGCAUGGAUCAUUAUGGCUAUGAGUCUGGAACUGUUUGAUUUCCCACCUUUCUGGGGCAUGAUUGAUGCGCACAGUCUGUGGCAUCUAGGGACAGUCAUUCCGACGAUAUGGUGGUAUAGCUUUUUGAUCAAGGACGCGCAAGAGGACCUUGCCAGCGAACGUCUCAAGGCCUGAUCAUGUCGGUAAGCCGAAGCCGAACUCUCCGAUCAGAAAUCGAGGCUACGGAGAAAAAGCAAGUUCAGUGGGUGUGGAAAUGGACAGCGCUUGGAUAUCUAGAGAGCGGUCAAGAGUCUGGGGGAGCAACUAGCCACUCUAUCCCAUCUGUACAGAUGCAUAAUACAAUGCAGCAAAAAGGAAUUUUGGGGGGUUGGCGACGAUCUGUUUUUAGGGCUUACCAGGCUGGUUUAGGCCUCGGGCUUAACAAAAUGCCUCCCCCACGCCAGUCAACGGGCCGGGCGCCAUUGGCCGAAAGCAUCACUAGUCAGGCACCUGAUAGAGGGGGGGAAAGUUGAGGCUUCUAUGUGACACAACGUUGUGGGUAGUGGCGGGACAUAAAAGAAAACUCAAGUGAAUUUUGGUCUGAC